UUCACCGCCGUAUAUAGGAGUGAAACAAUGGCCUCAGCUUCUAGUCUUAAGCUUCUUAAACGGAUUAUAAUGACAUUCUAGUUUGUCUGACAUCUGAAAGUGGAGAUGAAGCCUCAUACCUGCGUCGUCAGACCUAAGCUGAUGUUACUGUCAACUGAGGCUCCUCUCUUAAUACAGGACAUUACAGACGCGCGACCCACUCGUGCUUCCAGCGACAUCUCCAGUCCUCCAGUGUCUGCAUGUUCCACGGCCGCUGAAUCCAGCCUCAAUGUUUUCUCAGCGACACAGAAAUGCCCAUGCAGUCCGAGCGAUUCCAGGGAUCUAAAGCCUCACAGUGUCAGCUCUAUUACUAAAGGGACACUGCUUCCAUUUCUAGCCAAAAAUAGCUCAAACGUAACCUCACAAAACAAUGUGUAUGCCAGUGAUAUUUCUGGCCGGCAUUUCUUAUUUGAUAAACGAUGGAAAAAUGGAACUUACAUCACUAUUGGCAUUGAAGAUGAUGUUCUGAUUAACCACAACCCUACAAAUCCACUCUCUCAGGAGUUCCAUGUUUAUCGCUCUCACAAUCUAACCAGAUUUGCCCACCGCAAAGAACUCUGCCCGCGCGACCCAAGACCACUUAUCUGCGGGUCUGAUUAUCUGGCUUCAUUUCCAUCAGUUCUGUUACCAGCCACCACCCCAUCUGUCAGUGGACGACUCUGUUUAUCACAAAACUGUAAAAACAGAUUAAGGAUGAAAAAUAGAGCACGCAAUCUCUUCUCUGAUGGUGCUAACAACAAAACGCAGUCGUACCCUGAUCCACACCUGGGCGCCUCGGCCUCUUUUGUUCAGAGGCUCACAGAGAUUUCCUCUCUGGAAUCAGAAACAAUGCGGCAGGAGAGAAUGAAAAGACUCAAAAAGAUCAAUAGGCAGGACUCUUAAUCGGAGUUCAUUAGCCAAAGAGGAAACACUUGACUCCAGAAAUCACAACUGUGCCAAGAUGGAGUAAAUAAAGUCAAGGAGAAAAACUUGAGAGGUACAGUGU